UAUAUACGGUUUAUAGAUCUAGUUAUCGUUUACAAACGCUGAGUAUCUCAGUGUUGGAAACAGAAACAAAUUCCUAUAUUUUAUCGUAAUAAUUUACACUCAAAGCAAAUAAGAUGUCAGAGGAAAUGAAAUCUUGUACAGACUUGUAUGCUGGCCCUCAAGAGUUUAUGGAGGCUGGCACCAGAGGCUUUCUUGUUACUACCUUACCAGGAAAAGAAGAGUUUGCUAUUGAUGAUGCUAUUGAUUUGUUAAGACAGGCUUCUAUCAAACUUUAUGGAGGGAUCAAGCCAAAAGGAAAAAAGUUUGACCUUAAGUUAGGGUAUGUGAAAAUUGAUUUCAUGGAUCCACAGCUUAUCAAAGUGUUGCCUACUCCAGAGGGUGAAGAGACAGAAGAGGUGGAAGAUGACAUAAAAACUGAAACAGAAAACAAUGAGUCAACCCCAGUUGAGGAAGCAGACACUAAAUCAAAUGAAAAAAGUUCUGAGCCCAGUGAGUCUCAGCCAGCAGAGAUGGACACAGAACCAUCGAAAGAUAAAGAAACCAGUGACUCAACUGACAUCAAAGAAGAGUAUACAGAAAAAGAUGACACAAUGAAAGAAGAGACAGCUAAGGAUGACUCAGAGAAGGGUGAUGCAUCAAAGGAAGAUAAAGAAAAGGGCGAUACAGAAAAGGAUGAUGCAGCAAAAAAUGAUAGCGACCAAAAAGCUGACAGCGAUAAGAAAGAAGUCAAGAAAGAAGAAGUUGAAAGAAUGCGCAGUAUUCACAAAUUCAAAGCCUUUCGUACAGAAAUGCGAAAUGUGCUGUUCAUCAAGUCAAACAUUCCUGAUCCUAUGGAGUUAGCAGAGGCUGCUAUGGAGAUCAUUAUAGAGAGGAAGAAAGUUACUGGAGAUGCUGUUUGUCAACUGCUGCCAGUGCUGGGUGUCUGCGAUUUCAACAAUUUUCAGCUUGAAGUAAUGACUCGUCGAGUGUUAGCCCACAUUUUUACUGAAUCUGAAGAGCCAAAGUGUUUCAGUGUCAUGCUGUUGGAUAAAUUAUCAGAGCCUGGUUCAGAGUUGUUAGCGGAGAUUGUGCGCAACACUAUUUGGUCCAUCAACCCAUCAGCCUGGCUCUCCUCACCCCUGACUGAACCAGAUGUGAUUAUAAGGCUGGAGUUGAUUGGCAGUAAGCUGGUCUUAAGCUGCCUCAACACGUGUAUGCGCUAUCGUCAUUACAGUCCAACUUUACUUGUGGAGCUUGGAGUGGGUGAAGCUGAAGACGAUGAUGGAACAUGGACGUCCACCGAACAAAGGAAGCAGCAAGAAGUCUGGAGGCUGGCUAAAGAAAAGCUCAAAGAGUUGGAAAAACAAAAAGAAGAAGAAAGGAAGAAGGAAAGAGAAAAAAGAAAAGCCGAAAUAGAGUCCAGGAGAAAAGCACGCAAAAAGGAUGACGAAAAAAAUAAAUCCAGAAAAUCCAGUGAAAGAAAGAAGAAGUCAGAUGAGCACAGAGACAGCGAAGAGAAAGAUGAGAAUCACCAGUCAGAAGAUGAUAAAAAACAUGCAUCGUCUCACAAUUCAGAUGAAGAAAGAAAGGAAGUUUCACCACCAAAAAAGAAACCAAAGCUGGAGACAGAGGAAUCAAAAGAAGAGGUAACCUCAGGGAAAGAGGGAAGCGAAGAGGAAAUGCAAGAGGUGGAGGACAAUGAGACAGAACAUUCUGAACAGACAAAAGAGUGAAAGAAUCUGAAAGUAAUUUUAUUGUUAGAUAUUGUUGCAUUUUUGUGUCAAAUAACUUUGAAACAUUUUGAUAUUUUGUCAUGUGACAUGGUAAUACACAGAAAAUAUUUCUUAAUUUA